UGGUCCGCGUAAGGGGGCGUGGCCACGCUGGCGGCGUCGCCUGGCAACGGCGCGCGGCGCGGGUCCUCCCACCCGGUAGGCGGCGCUACCCGUCGUGCCCCGCGCGGCGCCGCCCCCCAGCGGAGGGAGCGGAGGAGCCGCGGCCGUCGCCGUCCCAUGGAGGAGGAGGAGAAGCCCCCCCGGGGGGGGGAGGACCCGGCGGGGCCGGGCGAGGACGGGGGGGGGCCCGGGGGAGCCCCCCCGGAGCCUGAGGGGUCCCUGCGGCCCAGCCAGGGGCUGCUGAAGGCCCUGCAGCGCCUGGUGAGCAGCGGCUUCACCUGGGGACAAGGUGUCCCCUGUGUGUCCCCAGAGCCCCCCCGCAAGCCCCCCCGGCAGCGCUGGUGUUGGGGACCCCGGCCCGAGGGCGGCCCGGUUUGGGAGCCCGCGGGGGGCCCGGGGGGGGCCCUGGAGCAGCUGGAGCUCAGCAGGGCUCCCUCGUUUUGGGGUUCACCGCCGUGGCCGUGUCCCCGCAGCGGGGAGGGGAACCCCGAGGACGAGGAGCUGGAGCUGGUGGCCGAGGUUCGCCUGGCGGAUCUGGGGGGGCUGGCGGCCGCCUCGGGGCUCCUGCGCCGGGAACGGCCCUGGAGGGCCCCCAAAGGAGGUCACCUCCCGGGCACCUCCUCGCGUCGCUGGCGCGUCCCCGGGGGUCCCCCGUCCCCCCCGGGCCCCCCCGCCGGCACCCCCCCGGCCCCUCCCCUCCCCCACCGGACCCGCCGAGCCCCUCCCCCCACCCCGGGCCGGCCCCGCCGCCCCCGGGGACCCCGAGCGGCCGCUCCGGGGGGACCCGGGGGACCCCAACAGCAGCAGCAGCGCCCCCCGCAGCCGCCUCCCGCCAGCCGGGACGAGCCCGGCCGCGCCCCGCCGCCGGAGAAAGCCGAUUCCUCCUCUUCCUCCUCUUCCUCCUCUUCCUCCUCCCGCUCUUCCUCCUCGUCCGCCUCCUCUUCCUCGGGCCCCCCGCCCGUCUCCGCCCGGCCCCGCUCGCCCUCCCUGGAUAUUUAUGAUCCUUUCCACCCCACCGACGAGGAGAACCCGGGGCUGGGGGGCGGCCCAGGGGCCCCCCCGGAAUUCGGCUAUGGCGGCGGCGGCGGCGCCUCCUCUUCCUCGCCGGGCAAAGAGGCCGAAGGCCGGCAGGACCAGAAGUACGACCCCUUCGACCCCACGGGCUCCAACCCCAGCUCGUCGCGCAGCAGCCCCAGCCCCGAGGAGGAGGAGGAGGAGGAGGAGGAAGAGGAAGAGGAGGAAGAGGAGGAGGAGGAGGAAGAGGAGGAGGAGGAGGAGGAGGAGGAAGAGGCGCCGGCGCUGCCGGACGUCUCGCACAGCAUCAGCCGCAUCUCGGAGACCUUGGCCGGCAUCUACGACGACAACAGCCUGAGCCAGGACUUCGAGAAGGAUCCGGAGCCGGGACCGCCGAAAACGCCGCCGAACCCUCCCGGCGCCGACUCCACGCUGCCCGAGGAGGAGGAGGACGAGGAGGAAGACGAGGAGGAGGAGGAGGAAGAGCGGGAGGAAGGCUCCUCGCCGCGCCGCCCCGCCGCCGCCGCCGCCGCCGCCCCCGGAGCCGCGGCGCCGCGUCUUCGUGGUGGAUCUGGGCGGCAAAGGCCGCGCCGAGAGCGAGGCGCACGCCAAGUUCGACGGCAAGCUCUCCCUGGAGGUGGUGACCCCCGGCAACCCCAAAGCGCCCCAAAUCCCGGCGCCGGCGCCGCCGCCCCAAGCCCGCGGUGCCGCCGGGACCCCCAAACCCUCCCGGCACCGCGGGCGCCGCGAGUGGGGCACGCCGGGGGACUCGGAGAUCGAGGAGGGCGAGAUCGUGCAGCCCGAGGAGGAGCGCUUCAGCCCGCUCGCGUCUUCCGCGGCGCCGCCAGCGCCGGUGCCAGCUCCGGCACCGCCCGCGGCCGCGCGCCGGAGCCGCGGGCGCCGCGUCUCCCCGAGGGCGGCGACGACUUCCUGUCGCUCCACGCCGAUUCGGACGAAGAAGCCGAUUUCGGCGCCGAGGCCCAACCGGAUCCGCGCUGGAAAAGCGGCGCCGGCGCCGGCUCCGACCUGCGGCGGAAAAUCCUCAGCCAGCGCCGGCUCCGCGCGCCGCCCUCGCCGCGGUCGCCCUCGGCGGCGUCGCGGAAGAAAUCCAAACGGUCCCGAGAGCGCGGCGGCUCCGGCGGCGCCUGGGCCGGCGCCAAGAAAGCUCCGGAACCGGCGCCGAAAUCCAAGGAGCGGCACCGGCGCCGCGGGUCGCGGUCGCGGUCGCGCCGGCGCUCGUGGUCGAGGCGCUCGCGGUCGAGGGAGAAGCGGCGCCGGCGGCGUUCCGGCAGCUCCGGGCGCUCGCGGCACAAGGAGAAGCACCGCGGCGAGAAGAAGAAGAAGAAGCAGCGCUCCCGCUCCAGGGAGCGGCGCGGCUCCCGGCGCGACGGCGAGGGCAAGGCCGCCGAGAAGGGCGAGGCGGCGCGGCGGCGCGUGGUGCCGCCCUCGGUGCAGGAGCUCAACGACUCCGACCUGUUCGCCAUCAAGAGGACCAUCACGGUCAACCGGCGCGCCGCCGCCACGCCCGAACCCAAGCGGGAGGUGCUCUACGACUCGGAAGGGUUGAGCUUCGAGGGCUUCUCCGACCGCGAGCACGCCGAGUUCCCGGCGCGCAAAACCGAGGCGCGGCCGGCGGCGCCGGAGCCCGGCAAGAAGGAGAAGGAGAGGAAGCGCGGCCGCCCCGAGGAGAGGCCGGCGGGGAGGGAGAAGUACAAGAAGAAAUUCAAGGAUUACGCCGAGCCCGGCGCCGCCGAGCCCGGCAAGAGCAAGGAGAAGCAGCGGGAGAAGAGCGGGCGCAAAGGGAAGACGGGCGGCGGCCACAAGGACGGGGCGGAAACGGCGGCGCCGAAAGCGGCGGCGGCGGCGGCGCCGAGGAAGGUGAAGCUGCAAUCCAAGGUGUCGGUGUUGAUCCGGGAGGGCGUCAGCUCCACCACCACGCCCGGCAAGGACGGCGGCGGCGCCGGGAUCGGGGUGAAGUUCGCCCGCGACGCCGAGAGCCGCGCGGCGUUCCUCAAGGCCGAGGAGAAGGCGGAGAAAGGCGCCCCCAAAAGCGACGGCGGGCAAGGCCGCGACGCCGGCGCCAAACCCCGCAAGGCGAAGCCCCCCAAGGUCAAGGGAGGGGUGAAGAAAGUCAAGGUCAAGGCCAAGGGCGAGGCGCGCAAGAAGAGGAAGACCAAGGUGAAGAGCGGCGGUGGCGGCGCCUUGAAGAAAUCCAAGGCCGACAGCUGCAGCCAAAGCGCCGCGUCCCCCCCUCUCCGCCUGCCCCCCAAACCCGAACCCGCCUGGUCCGGCUCGGAGAAAUCCCCCGGGGGAACCCCCAAACCUCCCAGCCCCCCGUCCCCGGCGGCCGCCGCGCCCCCCAAAGCCGCCCCGGCGGCCGCGGCUGCGCCGGCCGAGCGCGAGCUGACGCCGGACUCGCAGACGGUGGACAGCAGCUGCAAGACCCCCGACGUGUCCUUCCUGCCCGAGGAGGGCGCCGGGGGACCCCCGCAGGCGGCGGGGACGGAGGGGACGGGCACCGGGGACCCCCCCGGAGGGGACCCCGAGGCCGACAGCCGCUGCGAGGCCAAGGAGGAGGCGGCCAGGGCGCCGGCGGCGGUGCCGGUGGUGCCGGCGGCGGCGCCGGGGCCGUGGAGCCUGCAGGGCGGCGUGGACUGCGCCACCAGCGGCGUGCUGGCACUGACGGCGCUGCUGUUCAAGAUGGAGGAGGCCAACCUGGCCAGCAGGGCCAAGGCGCAGGAGCUGAUCCAGGCCACCAACCAGAUCCUGAGCCACGGCAAGGCCGCCCCUCCCCCCCUGGGCCCCCCCCCAGGCCCCCCCCCGCCCCCCCCCGGCCCCCCCCCAGGCGCCCCCCCCGUACCUGGGGCCCCUCGGGGGCGGCCCCCCCGCGCCCCCCACCCCCACCCUGCCCGGCCUGGGGACAGCCGCGGGGACAGCGGCAGGAGGAGCCACCUACGGAGGGGACAGGAGGGACGGCGAGGGCCGAGGGGACAGCGACAAGGUACGGGGACAUGGGGACAUGGGGACACUGGGGGGACAGCGACAAG